GCCUCUUUCACAGUCUAGCUGCUUCUCUCCGGCAUUAUCCGUCUCCAUCAAACUCAUCAUCAAUGGCCGAUGGGUAGUUCUCCGUUUUCCCACACAAUGCAUCCGUCUCCGGAAUUCUACGCUUCCGAUUUCUCUCUCCGUCUUCCACCUUCUCUCUCCGCCUCUCCUCUGCGGCGGCGUUGUCACAGGAUAUCCUCCUACCGCUCCCGGCGUCUCAACCUCAAGCCUCUCACCUCCAGAAUCGUUCUCCUCACGCGCCGCCGUCAGCUAGGCCAGAUCGUGGAGGAGGUGGAAGCCGCUAAGAGACGAUAUGGGAAGCUGAACACGAUCGUGAUGAACUCCGUCGUGGAGGCUUGUGUUCACUGCGGAGACGUCGAUUUGGCUCUUCGGAUGUUCUGUGAGAUGUCUGGUCCCGGUGGGUGUGGCGUCGAUGAUGUUACUUAUGCCACUCUUCUGAAGGUGAUCCUCGGGUCUUUUCUCUUUUUGGUGAAAUUAAGGAUACUUUGGGUUUGAUUUUGGGGUUGUUUGUUUCGUGUCCAAAUGCUGGAAUCCGUGGAGCGUGGAACCGCUGUCGGGAAUCCGAAGCUGUCGGCAUCUCUUAUAUAUGGUCUGCUUAAUGCUCUUAUCGAUGCAGGAGAUUUACGUCGUGCAAAUGGUCUGCUUGCUCGUUACGGGUUUUUGCUCCGCGAGCGUGGCAGCCCCUCGGUUCUCAUCUGUAACUUGCUGAUGAAGGGAUACAUUAACACGGGGUCUCCACAAGCAGCAGUGAAUUUGCUCGAUGAAAUGUUGCGUCUUGGAUUGGAACCUGAUAGGCUCACCUACAAUACCUUGAUCCAUGCCUGCAUCAGGUCUGAAGAUUUGGCUAUGGCUAUGAACUUUUUGGAGGAAAUGAAGGAGAAGGCAAAGAUGUGUAACGAUGACCGACUUCGCCCAGAUAUUAUAACCUACACCACCUUAGUAAAGGGAUUUGGGGAUGCCAAGGAUCUGUUUUCGGUGCAGAAUCUAUUUCUGGAGAUGAAAUUGAGUGCUGAUUUGUUCAUUGACCGGACUGCGUUUACAGCUGUAGUUGAUGCCAUGCUUAAGUGUGGUUCAAUGAAAGGGGCCCUUUGUGUUUUUGGUGAAAUAUUAAAGAGGAGUGGUGCAGAUUUGGACUUACGACCAAAGCCUCACAUGUACCUGUCUAUGAUGCGUGCUUUCGCUGUCCAAGGAGAUUAUGGCAUGGUUAGAAAUCUGCAUGUUCGCAUAUGGCCAGAUUCAUCUGGAGCCAUCUCAAAAGCAGUUCAAGAAGAAGCUGAUAACCUUCUCAUGGAAGCAGCUCUAGGUGCUGGCCAGCUUCAUGAAGCCCUUCGGAUUCUUUCAAGUAUUGUUACAAGGUGGAAAGCGAUACAGUGGAUGACUAGGGCAGGCAUGGCUGCUGUCCGCAUUGAGGCCCUGUUAGGAUUUUCCAAGUCCAUCUUGAGUCCAUACCUACUCAGUAAGUUUGACCCCAACCUAUUGACUCAGGUGACACCAAGCGAACCAAUAGAAAGUGUUAUGAUUCCAUUUGAAGCCACUCGGCCGUUGCUGGGCACACUGCAGCUGAAGGAAGUGGUUAUGCGGUUUUUCAGGGAGCCUGUUGUGCCUAUCAUAGAUGACUGGGGAAGCUGCACGGGUCUUUUGCAUCGAGAAGACUGCAAGAGUCUGGAUGCCCCAUUGGCAACGAUGAUGAAAAGCCCUCCUCCAUGCGUGACUACGACAACAUCGAUAGGUCGCGUGGUGGAUCUUGUUCUGGAAAAGAAGUAUAAGAUGGUCAUAGUUGUAAGAUGCGGCAACCUGUAUGGGAACGGUUACAGUUCCAGAGCAGUUGGAGCUUUCACGAGGGACCAAUUGUAUCGAUUGCUUGAACCUGGACAAAAGCUUCUCUAGCGGAUGCUGAUGGAGAUUCCUUCUUCCCUUGCACCACUUGCCUCUUUGUCGCCUCGGGUGACUCUGCUACCACUUCCUUUGUUUCUGAUGUUUCUUCUUUGACAUUGCUGCUUUCAGUUU